GUAGCUGAGCGACUGGCAGCUUCUCAUGAAGGACUCAGAUACCUGGAGUUAUACUACCCAUGGAUGGGCCUUGGUAAGUGCCUUGCCUUUCCUAAAUUGCAAGGUAGCACCUCCGAUGGUGUAUCUUGUUUAAUAGAUACAUUGCAAGUCUCUAGUUGGGUGGUCAUUCUGCUUGAACUUUGCAGUAGUUCUCGUUCUAUCAAACGUCGAAGAUUUGAUGAUGAGUUGGUGGAAUCGAGCCUUGGUACAUCAGGGAACCUUGCUUCCAAGAUGGCCCGAAAUCGCAUGCAGUCUACGGCUAGUCCGGGACUCAGUCAGUACACCACCACAUAUAGUUCACGUGUUCCUUCAACACCUAGUUCCAGCUGUGCUCCAGCAGAGCUUGGGUCAUCCAAUAGUGUUGUGACGUUGCCAUCAGUGAUGACUCCGCUGGCACUACCCGAAAACCGACAGCCACGACGCAGUGCUAACAAACCUUCUUCAUCUGGAGGGCGACGAAGCAGACGGCCUCGACACACCCACUCGGUAGCCACCAAAGAUCUUGGGCGAUGGAAGCCAACCGAUGACUUGGCACUCAUCACUGGCGUUCAGCAGACCAAUGACCUGCGGACAGUUCAUCGAGGCACCAAGUUUUCCUGCAGGUUUACGGUGCAAGAACUUCAGCAGCGAUGGUACGCUCUGCUGUACGAUCCAGCCGUAUCUCGUGUGGCUGUGGCUGCCAUGCGGAACCUUCACCCAGAACUCAUCGCAAAUGUGCAAAGCCGUGCACUCUAUUCCAAGGCCGAGGAGCAACUGCUUGGCACAAUAAAGUCGACAUCACAGCCAGGACUUGAAGUGUUUCAGAACCUCCUGGAACAGAACCCACACAUUUUAUACCCUUCACGCACUGCGAAGGCUUUGUUGACACACUGGCAACUCAUGAAGCAGUACCACUUACUGCCAGAUCAGACAGUUCAGUCUCUGCCACGAGGGGAGCACGUCCUCAACUUCUCAGAUGCGGAGGAACUCAUCAAUGAUACGGAGCUGACUGAGACACAAGAUGAGGUUUUGGAACAAGAGUUGGCUGUGGCAGACAGACACGCAAAGAAGGAGAUUCGACAUCUUGAAAAUGAGUUAGGCCGUUGGCAGGUUCUUGUUGAUUCUGUAACUGGCAUCAGCCCCCCUGAUUUUGACAAUCAAACACUGGCAGUGUUACGGGGAAGGUUGGUGAGAUAUCUCAUGAGAUCACGAGAGAUUACGGUUGGACGUUCAACCCAUGACCAUACCGUGGACGUCGACCUCUCAUUAGAGGGCCCUGCCUGGAAGGUGUCACGUCGGCAAGGGACCAUUCGCCUACGAAACAAUGGUGACUUUUUCCUGUCUAGUGAGGGAAAGAGAGCAAUCUAUGUUGAUGGACGUCCAAUUCUUGCUGGGAACAAAUACCGACUUAAUAACAACUCUGUUGUGGAGAUUGCAGGACUUCGCUUCAUAUUCCUGGUGAACCAGGAUUUGAUAAGCGUAAUUCGCCAUGAAGCUGCCAAGAUGAACCUCCAGCCUUGAAUAGUUUCUUGAGGUGAUGGCUGGACUUAAUGCUUCAGAUGUUGGCCUUACACCUAUGCCUCUUGAGGACUAGUUUCAUGUGAACUCACAUUUCUGAUAUCUUGACAGUUAUUAUCGUGGCUAAUAUAAUCUUCCAUGAGUAAAUAAAUUUCUUUGUUGGAGACAUAUGAA